AUGAGAUUAGUUAGAGAGCUGACAGAUGUUCAAAGAGCUCAUAUUGAUGCAUGUGAGUUGGGAUUGUUGCUUGAUACGCUAGAUAUUCGUGUGAAUCACGGAUUACUCAGUGCCAUAGUUGAGAGAUUUCAUCCUGAGCACAAUACAUUUCACUUGCCUACCGAGGAGAUGACUAUUACUCCCGAGGAUGUGUAUAGGAUUCUGAGGAUACCAUUUGCAGGUGGCGGGAUAGACUAUGAUUCUUCACCUCAGCGGGGGAUUACAGAAUUACGUAGAGUGUUUCAUGAUGACACUCUGAUAGUUGGUUCUAUCACUUGGGACGACAUGUUGAGCAGGUAUGGAGCACAGUUUUCAGUUGCUUGUGUGCUCGCUGGUAUUAUUGGGUGUUUUGUCAUGCCUGAUAGAGGACAGCAGGGAUUCUUGUGCGGUUGGGGGAGAAUGUUGGAUAUGUUAGUGACACGGCCAAGGAGAUUGGGUUGGGGUUCCUACUUAUUGGCCCAUAUGUAUCAUGAGAUGCACGAGAUUGCCUAUCGAAAGGCGAAGAGCAUGGUCGUUGGGCUCCUUGUUUUACAGAUUUGGGCAUGGGAGCAUAUCCUAGUCUGUAGGCCAAUUGUUGAGGAUUUGAAGCUGCCACAUCAGCCUAUUGUCUACCAAUACGCAGGUUUUAUGACGCAGCCCCACUUGGGCAAGACAGAUUAUUGGAGACGACAGCUUGAUGACUUGAUCACAGUGGUAUGGAGGCCAUAUAGGGGAUUAGAGGAGUGGAAUGAUUGGAGGCGGGAGAGGAAGGUGAUGUUCAUGACUCGCCCACUCAUUGGUAGAGCCCAGACCAUUAUUGAGCAUUUUGUGCUGAGCAGGGUUAUGAGGCAAUAUGAGCGGCCACAGGUCAUAUCACGGGAGUUUACUGCUUAUGUCAGGUUUGGAGAUGAGGAGAGGAAGGGAUGGGGGGCCGAGAGGGAUUAUUUCCUGAGACAUCCCUUCCCACGUUUUACAGAUCCCGGAGAGCGGGCACCUCAGAUAGAUGAGGGUGAGGGUGAUGCACCAGUACAGGGACAAAGAGGAGACACACCUAAGCGGGCAGGGGAUGACCCCAGUGCGAGCAGCACUAGAACACCAGUUGUUGGUCAAUAG